UUUCUUUAACAGUCAAGCUUUCUCUGCAAGGAGCUCCAUUAAAAAAAAAAAAAAAAAAAAAAAAAAACACAAAAAAUCAUCGAUUUAAACUUAACGAUUCUGUAUUUGAAGCUAGUGGCUGUUUGGUUUUAUACUGUACUAUAUAUAAGCUCUGCAGGAUAAAAGGUUAGUGACCUAAACAGCCAUAUGUGUUACGAGCAAAAAGAUGUCAGGAAUGGUGUGGCCGGUGAAGGCCAAGGUUUGGGCUCAUCUGAAGAAGAUGAGUCGAGGGUUGAUGAUGCAGCUACAAACACAAAUAAUGGACCUGUAGGGACAAUUCAGGUCCAUGAUGGGUUCCAGAUAUCACAACAACAACCUCCUCAAGUUUCUGUGAUUUGUUGGGAGAGGUUCUUGCCUAUUAGGUCCUUGAAGGUUCUUCUAGUGGAAAGUGAUGAUUCAACUCGUCAUGUUGUCAGUGCUUUGUUGCGGAAUUGUAGUUAUGAAGUUACUCCUGUUGCAAACGGCCUUCAAGCAUGGAAGAUUCUUGAAGAUCUUUCUAAUCAGAUUGACAUUGUUCUAACAGAGGUCGUCAUGCCCAUUUUAUCAGGAAUUGGUCUUCUUUCCAAAAUUAUGAUGCACAAAACAAGAAAGAACAUUCCAGUAAUAAUGAUGUCAUCUCAAGAUUCUAUGGGCAUAGUAUUUAAGUGUUUGUCAAAAGGUGCAGUUGACUUUCUUGUGAAACCGAUUAGGAAGAAUGAACUUAAGAACCUCUGGCAACAUGUUUGGAGGAGAUGCCAUAGUUCUAGUGAUAGCGGGAGUGAAAGUGGGACGCAGACCAGAAAAUCAGAAAAAUCGAAAAGUAAUGAGGAGUCUGAAAACAAUAACAGCAGUGGUGAUGAGCAAGAUAAUGGGUAUAAUGGUCUGAAUAUUCGGGAUGGAAGUGAUAAUGGGAGUGGCACUCAGAGUUCUUGGACGAAAAAGGCAGCUGAAGUUAAUAGCCCUCAAUCACUAUCACCUUCAUAUCAGUUGGCUGAUGCUCCUGAUAGCAUUUGUGCCCAGGUGAUCCAUACUAAGCCUGAAUCAUUUAGCAACGGAUGGGUGCAUGUUAGUGAAACAAAAGAUGGCCAUGAACAGGAUGAACAACUUGAUGAUGUUGCAAUUGGCAAAGACUUUGAAAUAGGAGAAUCUAAAAUCCCAGAGAAGUUAUUCACCAAUGAAACUAGCAAAAGACACAGUAAAUUUUCUGAAGUAGAUAAUAGACUAUUUGACAACGGACAACUGGAGCAUGACAAUGAAAGUAUAUAUGGAAAAUGGAAGGACCAAGCUGCUGCUGUCAUUAGUACAAAUGCCAAUCAUACGAAUCCACAGGCCGAAGGAAGCGGCUUUGAUGCUGUAAACGGCACUUCUGACAUCUCAUGUGUCAAAGACAAAGUAACUGGUGAUUGUGGAGAACUGCCAUCUCUUGAACUAACUCUGAAAAGGGUGCGAGGAGUGGAAGACGGUCGAAGUGCUGCAAAUGAUGACUGCAAUGUUCUGAGACAUUCAGAUUUUUCAGCUUUCUCAAAAUACAAUACCGCAUCUUCUGCAAAUCAGGCCCCCACAGGGAAUGCAGGAAGCUGUUCUCCACUAGAUAAUGUUUCUGUUGCAAUGAAGUUGGAAACAAUGCAAAAUUUUCCACCCCAUUCAACUGGCACUCCUCUAAAUCAACAGUCCAACGGAAGUAAUAACAAGAAUGACAUGGCCUCUACUGCUAAAUAUGAUACCUCCAAACCAGAAGCUUUGAACGAUAAUUCAGAGUCUAUUUCAGCAUUCAAACCUUUUCACUCCUCUGCCUUCCCAUCUUUGCAGAAUGGUGGGAUUUAUUCCUCUCAACAAGUGUUAUCUGAGAAAGCAGAUGAUAUGGGAGUUAGUAUGAUUCGAGCUCAACUGAGAGGGACUCACCAUUUGGUCCACGUUCAGAAUCACCAGCACCACCACCGUCAUUAUCAUCCGCGUGAUCAUAAAGUGCAGCACCAUCAAUCACAGCAAGAUCAGGACGAUCUAUCAAUCAAGAAUAUGGCAGCUGCAGCUCUGCAGUGUGGUUCAUCAAAUGUAUUCGGAGGUACCACCGAAACUAAUGUAGGAAACUAUAGUGUGAAUGGCAGUGCCUCAGGAAGUAACCAUGGCAGCAAUGUUCAAAAUGGAAGCAGCACUGCAUUGAUUGCUGGAACAACAAACUUGGAGAGUGACAAUGGGGCAGCUGGAAAAAGUGGAGUCAGUGGGAAUGUUGUCGAUGAGGAACGAGUUGCUCAGAGAGAGGCUGCCUUGACUAAAUUUCGUCUGAAAAGAAAAGAAAGAUGUUUCGGGAAGAGGGUCCGAUAUCAUAGUAGGAAAAAAUUAGCAGAACAACGGCCUCGUGUCAGGGGACAAUUUGUUCGGCAAACAGCGUCUGAUACCAAAGGAGGAAAAGAUUGUUCGAGCAAUGACGUCACCUCAGAAGACUAUUCUGGAGAUAACCUUAGAUGACACAAGCAUUGAUGCAGACUCGUAAAUGAACUCAUAUCCCUUAUGGUGCUGGUGAAAUAGUGUACCUCAGACAAGCAUUGAAUAUUCAUGUCUAGGGAAGGGGUUUGUCUCAGUAUUAUUUGCUAGAGAGAAUGUAGGUAGGGGCUAAAAGAGACAUUCGAUUCGAAACCUCUGUGAAGAUACUUGACAUUUAAUGUUUUUUUAAUAAAUGUUUCAUGAACUUGUAGUGAAUGAUGUUACCUCUGUCACUAUGGAAUAAAUCUGUUUCUUGAACGUA